GAGAACAAGACGGUUGUGAGUUUGGUGACUCGUAUUCUGGUCAUUCAACCCCAGAGCAGCACCUCAAACUUGACAACUCCAGUUAAUAUGUAUUUCCCACUCUAUGAUAUUUCAAAGAACCAAAAAACAGAGUGCUUGUUUUAUGAUGAAACAACAGCUGAUAGUCCACUGUGGAGUGACAAAGGAUGCCAAAAGGCCAAUGAAACAGAUGCAAUAACAGUCUGUACCUGCGACCACAUGACUGCCUUUGCUGUGCUCAUGGUGCCAAUAAAAGGCAUAGAUUCGAAGAACUGGGAAAUACUGACAGUUAUUUCAUACAUUGGCACUGGACUCUCUGCAGUUUUUACAGCAAUCUCUGUGCUCAUGUACUUUAUAAUCAGGUGGGUAUUCAGUUAGUUCCUUUUCACUUGCUAUUGCUCUCAUUUUACACCACUGUGGCUCACACAAACUCCAUCUUCUCCUGUUACAAGUUUACCAUAGUAAAAGCAUAGCAAAGUGUAGUAAAGCAUAGUGAAAGCAUGGUAAAUCACUGGUAAAAGACCAAUGAGGUAUGGUAAAGCACAUUAAGACAUGUGGAGAUCCAGGGUAAACUAUGGUAAAUACACAGUGUAACCAUAGGAAACGCAUGGGAAAAUUGCAAAAAAUAUCACUGUAAACUUUUAUGAGUGGCUUUGAAUGCUUUAUUUUGUUUCCCUGGAAGUCCUUUCAAGUUCAAUUUUUUUUUUUUAGUUCCCCAGUUAAUUUCAGUCAUGAAAUUGUAUUUUUUUGGGUGGAUGCUGCCUUAAUGAAUUUCUUUUUGGCUAGGAACCCCAAACAGGAUCAUUCGACCACAAUCCACGUGUGCCUGAGCGCUGCCCUCUACCUGCUCAACAUGAGCUUCCUGCUCAAUGAGUGGCUGGCCAACAUGAAUCAAAACGGCGUCUGCAAAGCCAUUGCCAUCCUCAUGCAUUACUUCCUCCUCUGCUGCUUCAGCUGGAUGGCCGUCGAGGCCAUUCAUCUGUACCUCCUCAUGGUCAAGGUCUUCAACACCUACAUCCGACACUACAUCGCCAAGUUAUCACUCUUUGGCUGGGGAAUCCCAGCCAUAAUUAUUGGGAUGAGCAUUUGUGUCAGAAACGACUUCUAUGGGUCUAUUGGAGUGACAAUCCACAACUCAACCAACCAAGACAGUAAAAUGUGCUGGAUAACCAACCAAAGCUUUUUCUACGGUUUAAAUCUCUCCUAUUUUGCAAUCAUAUUUCUGUUCAACACGGGAAUACUCAUUACGGUGGCAGCAAAGAUCGUUCAGCUACGGAGGUUUGGAAGCACACUCCCGAACAGAAGAGCCGUCUGGAAAGACGUCUUCACCGUGUUUGGGAUGUCCUGCUUGUUGGGAACAACCUGGGGGCUGGCUUUCCUUGGAUUCGGGAUUUUCACCAUUCCUGUCCUAUACCUCUUCAGCAUCUUCAACUCCCUGCAGGGAUUUUUCAUAUUUCUGUGGACCUGCGCAUCACGUAGAUCAAAGAAGCUGAAUAACCCUGAGACAACCAAGAACAUCAAUACAGGCGCGGAACUAAGCUCUCUCUCAAAUCAGAAGAAGACAUGCAUUUACCCAGGAAUCAACACCUACCAGUUUCCAAUGGUCCUGUAAAACACUGAUCCGGAACGCUGCGUCUCAUUGUUUGUUAGUGGAAAGAGUACAUGGAUGUUUAUAUUCACCUUUGUAUAAUAGAUUAUAGUUUUAAGAUUUGAGUACAGAGGACUUACAUAAAUGAACAUUUUUAUACAUCGAGUACUGGUAUGUGUACUAUCCGUAUAUGUAAAACAGCUUUUGAACCGGCAUUAAUUAAUUUGAUGCUCAAUAACAAAAAAAUAAAAAGUUAAAAUUAAUUUUUUAAUGUAACUAGUGUGCUCAUAUUUGUGUUCAUUAUGAUAAACUAUAUACUGCAGUAGACUAUAUCCGUGUUUGCUAUGAUAGACUUUGUACAGCA